UGGGAGGGUGGGUGUGUGUUUACCUAUGUCUUCUCUGUUCACUGCUUUUCAGUCUCGCGCUGCUCCUCAUGGCCGCGACAGCCUCCGCCGCUCACUACAGUCUGCUCAGCGCGAGCGCGCCGGUGCACGCGGACUCCGGCGGCAUGCAGCAGCACGCGGCUCCGGGGUCGGCUUACAGGCACGCGCACGCCGCCGCGCUGCUGCAGAGCGAGUUCGCGCUGCAAAACAACGGCGGUGGGAGUCACGCGCACCAGUGGAUCGCGGCCGCGCUCUCUCACGGUGGGAGAGGGGGAUUAGUAGGAGGAGGAGGUGGAGGUGGGGAAGGAGCCGCGUGGACGUCCGCCGACAUCAAACCCACGAUCCGCAGCACGGGAGACGAGAUGCGAGGACAACGACAACAGCGACGACAACAGCAACAAUAACAACAACAAUAACAACAACAACUCAAGCAGCGGAACUUACAGCACAUGCUUCAUCAUCCUCAUCAUCCCCAUCACCAUCAUCAUCAGCAUCACGAAGAGGACGCCGCACGCGCGUGGAGGAGCGCGAGCGGUACAGCGGCGGCUCACCUGCCCAGCGUGGGCGCGGCGACCGGGCAGCAGAGUCUCGCUUACUCCGGCGGGUUUGGCGCGCUCAACGGGCUCGUGCCGGGCAUUCAAGCGCAUCACCAGCACCAUCAGGAUCACGAGCACGAGCAUCACCAUCACCACAGUCCGCAUCUGCGGGAGCACCAGCACCACCACCGGAGUCUGCACGAGUCGCCGGCGUCGGACGAGGACGUGACCCCGACGUCAGACGACCUGGAGCACUUCGCCAAGCAGUUCAAGCAGCGGCGCAUCAAGCUCGGCUUUACGCAGGCAGAUGUCGGGCUCGCGCUCGGCACCCUCUACGGCAACGUGUUCUCGCAGACGACCAUCUGCCGGUUCGAGGCGCUGCAGCUCAGCUUCAAGAACAUGUGCAAGCUCAAGCCGCUGCUCAGUAAGUGGCUCGAGGAGGCGGACUGCAGCGCGAGCGGCGGCGGCGGUGGCACCGGCCUGGAUAAGCUCGCGGCGCAGGGGAGGAAGCGGAAGAAGCGCACGUCCAUCGAGGUCAGCGUGAAGGGCGCGCUCGAGAGCCACUUUCUGAAGUGUCCCAAACCGGCCGCGGCGGAGAUCACGAGCCUCGCGGACAGCCUGCACCUCGAGAAGGAGGUGGUGCGCGUGUGGUUCUGUAACCGGCGGCAGAAAGAGAAGAGGAUGACGCCGCCCGGUGUGCACGCCACGCACGGGACCGAGGAGGCCAUGCUCGAGCUCAAAACGCAAAACGUGCAGUGA